GUGUGUGUGUGAGAGAGAGAGAGAGAGAGAGAGCGGUGGAUAUGGCCAAAGAGAGCGAAUAAAACUCGCUCGAGCACUUGUUCGUCAGACAAUUGUAAGUGUGAAACAUCCUGCUGCCGCGCAUCCUACCAGAUACGCAUCAACAAAAGAGAAUAUUAGUUUUACAAUCACGGAGCCUCGUUGCCCCCAGAGUUUCUCCAACGCUACGGGAGGACACGCUUCUCUCUUUCCCGCAUUUAAACUCCUACCAUCCAUCUGCCUGCAUCCAUUUCUGCUCCGUCCGCGGAGAACCAUCAGCGGUGGUCUCGUAUCGGACUAUUGGAUUUGGGUUGACGCCAUGGGGACAGAGGGAGGGGGUCUUCGCCAUGGAUUCUGACUUUUUAAACACUUAAUACAAACAUAUAGAUUGCGAAACCCCGUGUUUAAGUAGUUUUACGCUUUAGGUCGCAUCUCUUCCUGCCCUUCUUCACCGAACGGGAUGGUUCCGGCGCAGCGUCGCGUGGGGUGAGAAGAUCUUGCAAGACUGGGAAGAAAAGCGAGAGAUCGAGGGAUUAUGGCACUCUUCGCGCUCUGUCUAUUUAUUCUGACGCUCACCUGCACGAACUUUGACCUGGUGACUGCAGGCAGGCACGCAGUACACUGGAACAGUUCAAAUAUUCUGCUUCGUAAGGAGGGCUACACGGUGCAGGUGAAUGUCAAUGACUAUCUGGAUAUCUACUGUCCUCACUACAACAGCAGCCAGAGAGGCGUCGCCGAGCAGUACGUGCUCUACAUGGUCAGUUAUCGUGGUUACCGUACGUGUGACCCGCAGCUGGGCUUCAAACGCUGGGAGUGUAACCGUCCCCACGCCCCGCACGCACCAAUCAAAUUCUCGGAAAAGUUCCAGCGCUACAGCGCCUUCUCGCUCGGCUACGAGUUCCACGUCGGGCAGGAGUAUUAUUAUAUCUCCACACCCACUCAUCACCACGGCCGGAGCUGCCUGAGAUUAAGAGUGUAUGUCUGCUGCUCAACAGCAUCUGAUUCAGAUGAUGAGCCCCAGCCCACAGAGCCAGACUACACUCUAAGACCCAACAUCAAAAUCGAUGACCUCGAUGACUACGAUAAUCCAGAGGUCCCGAAAUUGGAGAAAAGCAUCAGCGGUAGCAGUCCAUCCAGAGAUCGCCUUCUCCUAACCGUGGCAUCACUUUUCCUCAUCGCCCUUUCGGUCUCCUAGCAUCCACCUCCUAAACGUCACAUACCAACGAGGCCUUGGGGGGUGGGAAGGAAGGGUCCAGGGCCGAUAAGUUUGCAGAUAAAGACUAGGAAAGCAACGGGAAAUGGAACACUUGAUGCUGCAGCAGCUUACAGAGUGUCAAGCACCAGCCCACAAUUCAACAGUGGUUUCCAUGUCUUAUAACAGCGACACAAUUUGCGUGUCACGCAGACAAUACUAAUACACCAUAAUGAGAACUGUGCCAUUUCAGUUACAAUAGUCCGGAUUGUUUGUGUGUGUGUGUGUGUGUGUGCGCUUUUGUGUGUUUAUGUGUUUGUGUGGCGCCUUCGGUGCUCGGGGGCGGAGCGGAUCUUUACUUCGGUCUGAAGGUUUGAUGGCUCCAUUAUCGGUGAAUUGGCAGGUUAAAAGUUUAAAAGCGUCUCGGAUUUUGUUUGAUGAGAACUGAAAUGAAACCGUCGAGGAGUUCAGGUUACUCGAACCCAGGAAAAAAAAACAAGCACUGUUUAAUCCAAUUCUAAAAGUUUUUGUUUCUCUCUGUGUGUUUCUGUUGCCAGAGAGACGUACAAACCACUGGAUGAUCAUGUAAUUGCCGUUAGGGAUGAACAGCAAUAUUAAUUUGAUGAGUUUAAACAAGUCUAUAAUAGAAACCGAUCUCACAGAGUCGAAAUCAACUCAUUUUAGACUUUUCUAUUGACAAGGCGACAAUUUAUAAAGCGUUAAAAUCCAAUUACAUCUGAUUCUUAUUUGAACUUAUUGUGGUCGCACUUGAAAGCAAGGGCCGAUGUGGUUGUUCUGUGAUGCAGAAAAUUGAGACAGAAGUGAUUUUGCAUGAGCGCAAACACAAACGCAUUAAAACACAUUGAGACAAACAGAAGCCAAAUAGCUUUUUUGUUGUUUUUGUUCCUUCUCCCUUUUGAUAAAAGGUGCUUGAGUGUGUGAGUGAGUGCAAGCAUAUGUGUGUGUAUUAGCUCAGUGAUGCUGGAAAAAUCUCCUCUAGACUUUAUGGACUUCAACCGGAGGUGGACACCUACACAGACACUGUACAUAAAACACUUGCAUUUAUUUAUGUGUGGACAUUGUGGACGACCUCCGCUCAUUUUUUCAGACCGCGCUGAUUCCUGCUGGAUUCGGAAGAACUCCAGACCAGCUUUGGCUGGUUUGUUCCAGUUCGAACCGGUUCCACUUAUCACUGCUUGGUACUUGACUUCUUUCUGAGGUGAUCAGCAAGAUCAAAUGGAAAUUGAGGGGUCUGGUGGUUAUAAUCCAUUUCUACGGCAACAGUUAUUCAGCUAUACACACCUAAAGGCACUAGAGUCCAGCAGGAAAUCAGAACAACACACACGAAAAGAAAUAACAGCAAUUACUGGCAACGGUUCUGGCGACACUUUUGCCAAGAGUAAUACAAGCAAACAAUUGCUUCGAGGCAGGUAGUUAUUGCCUUCUUGCAAGCUUUUCAAAGGAUAAACGGCAGCGUAUGCAUCAAUCAUUUUACAACAAGGUUCAAAAUUAAGGUUCUAACUCUUUUAGACUGGCACCUUAUCACAAUGGCAACGACAUCAUAUCAUGGCUCACGAUGAUAGCAGCAACCAGCGCCGCUUUUCACCCUAGAGACAAGCAAAUACUGCUUAAACUAGCGAUGGCAUGUGGUUUAGGAGAAAUGAUGUGUGGUAGACGUUUUCUAACGUAGAGUCAUAAUGGACACCUUCUCUCACACCUACAGGCUGUACCUUAACAUAUUGAUAAAGCCGUUUUAUUGUAUAAUUCCGCUUUUGCUCUGAAAAAUCAUUUCAGUUUAUGUGGAACAUUACGUCUGCUUUAAAUUCCAUUACUACGGCUUCAGACAAAGCAACUUCAGAACAAACGAACACUAAUUUGAAUGCUCGGAAUGAUACUUUACAGACUUGAAUCUACAUUUAAUUUGUUUCAUGUGGUCAUUUCGAGGCAUUGGGUUGAGAAUACGUAGGUUUUUGUGCUUUUGUUUUUUUCGGGAGUUGUUUUUCUGAUGGAAUAAUGUAAUAUUUCAGAAGAGUCGAUCAGGCAAAGUAUCACUCUUCAAAUGUUGCACUUACAAAAACUUGGACACAAGAAUUGUGCGUGUGUGUCUGUUAGAGACUGCAAUUGUUAGAAGUUGACGUUUGUCUUAAAACUAGCCUAAAUAACCUUUCAAUUUUUGUGUGUUUGUGUGUGUGUGAGUAUGAAAGAAUGAGAUCAAAAGGUAAUAAAGAUAAAAGACGGUGUGAAUGUGUGUGUUUAUGCGAGUUGUUUUUCAUUGUUUAGUCUAGGCAUUUUCUGUGUGAGUGGGUGCGAGUCAAUGAAACUGUAUUGUUU